GGUUAAGCCUCGGGUGUCCUGGAGACAGCGACGGUGUCGGGACGGAGUUCGGGUCGUGGUGGCUUCGGAGGAGAAGGCAGUGAAAGGAAGCCGUCCCGCAGGAAGCAGCGGUGAGAUUGAGAUUAUCGGCCCACGCUGGUGUUUGAAAUCUUGUAGGAAGCAGUAUUCUGUGGGUUCCUUCUUUUAAAAAAUACCUGUUUCGUGUAUACAGACUUGAAAAAAAAUGAACAAAGAUGCACAGAUGAGAGCAACUAUUAACCAAAAACUAAUUGAAACGGGAGAGCGAGAACGCCUUAAAGAAUUACUAAGAGCCAAGUUAAUUGAAUGUGGCUGGAAAGACCAGUUAAAGGCACACUGUAAAGAUGUCAUCAAAGAGAAAGGACUAGAACAUGUUACUGUUGAUGAUUUGGUGGCAGAAAUCACUCCAAAAGGCAGAGCUUUGGUACCUGACAGCGUAAAGAAAGAGCUUUUACAAAGAAUAAGAACAUUCCUCGCUCAGCACGCCAGCCUUUGAUUCUUCCGUUGAGUCUUACCAUGUUGUGUUAAGUGAAUCAUGCCAGAAACUGGAAGACAUUUUUUUCCUCUGUGCUUUAGGGUGAAAGUUAACUUUUUUAAAAAAACAUUUAGUUACUGGAAGUGUACUUUGCUACACUGAAAAUUUAAUCUUGAUAUUUUAAUUAAAAAAACCCUCCAAACACCUUAUGACGUAUGUUGGAAAGACGCUACGUUUCUUGCCAUUAAAAGUAUGUUGUGUGGCUUACUGUGACUGACAUGUAUCAGCUUGUUUCCUCUCGCACCUUGGUCUGUCGUCGUACCUGGAGGGUUGAGGUCUAUCUCAAAAUGCACCAGCAGAGCUGUGAACAACAGAACCUGUGCAGCAGCAAGCAUCUUGUUUCAAUUUCACGACAGCAAGAUGAAAGGAUGCCACUGAAAAUGAAAGUGGGGGAAUUCGGAAAAUGAUCCGCACACUACAGAGAAUCUCUGCUACAUUAUCCUUACUCUCUCAGCCACCACAGACUCAGCCUUUAGCAUUCAGCCCAUUCAAGCUUAUAUUCUGGGUAUGCCACUUGUCAGUGAAACAGCUAGAUUUUGGGGGAAUCUGAUUGAAAGGUUGACAGGGCAGUGCAAGGUAGAUUCUGAAAUGGUAUUUUGGUUGUCCAAUAAAAUGCUAGUCCAGUAGCAUCUUAAAGACCAA